AUUAUUAUUCCUCUUUUUCUUCUUUUAAUUGUUUGUGUUACUGUGAACCCUAAAUUUAAAUUCUCUCGAGUUUUACGCUUCUUUGACUCAAUUUGACUUAUACUGAUUAUUCUUAGCUGUGUUUUAUCUUUCAGUUUUUGUUUCUGAAUUAUGCGUUUAUUGUUGAUGUGGAUUUGUUUAUGUGAAUUUUGGUUCUAUUUUUGGGUUGAGAAAUUUGAUAUAAAAUUCAAGUAUUUGAGGAAAUUUUAGGAAUUUAGGAGAUGUGUUUGUUGUUUGUUUCUGUUUGUGAAUUUUGGAUAGCCUUUAUGCCUAUUUUAUAUCCCUUUCCCUUAUUCAAAGGGUGGGGAGGAUGAAAUUGUGGUUCCGGUUUGGGCGUGGCGGCUAUUUCGACGAAGCUGGAUGUUUCUUUUUGCUUAAUUUUUUGGUUGGGGAAAAUGUAGGAGAGGGGAGGGAAGAGAUUAGUUUAAACCUCCAAAAUAGGGCUUAAAAUACCUCUCAUUCAUCCAUUUGGCGUGCUCUUGAAUCUUAUAUUCUCGUUAAACAACUUUGUUGAUCUUAGCGAUCUUCUGUGGGAUUUCACUGUCAUCCUACUCAAGUCCAAUCUUAUAUGAGAUCCGGCUCACCCACGGGUAGCAAGCUCGUAACGUCAGUUGCAAAGUUAGCCCAGAAUUUUGGGUGAUACUCAUAGCUACGUGGCUUGUAGCUUGUAAGUCCAAGUGAGUGGAUAAAAUCGCAUGGUGCUUCCCAAAAAUAGAGUUCAGUAGGUCAUUGUUGUUAAUAGGAGUAAUAUUUUCUGAUCAUAUCCUAUCUUAGCUGUGAUCAUAUAAUGAUCAUAUACAUGAUACAAUGUGAAUAGUGCUGGUUGUAAUGGUGAUGGUGAUACUCUUAGUCGUCAUCAUAUCCUAUCUGCAGGGGAUAAAUGCAAUGGGGCUGUUUCAAGUUUUCUUAGACAUUUUAUCCUUUCAUGUCUUGAAAGCCUAUUUUUGUUUCAUUCAAAAGUUUGAGAACAGAUAAUGAUAAAAACAUCUAUUGUAUAGUUGGAAUAUUGAAUAGUACAAUAGUUUUUACAACUAUUUUUGAACAAGUAGAAAUCUAUCUGACUCCUAAAAGGACUUAAACGUCUUUUUUUAAGAGUUUUCUUGUAACUAUGUUCUGACAGCUCAAUGCGCACUAACCAUAGAGGCUGAGGGGUAACUUAAGCCUGGAUUUAAUGCAGAGCCUGCCUUUAAUUUAAUGCUUUUAGUUGGCAUGUAGCACCGACACCUCUGAAAAAAGAUGUGUCUGUGUCAGUGUUGAACACCUUCACCGACACUUGUGAUUACGUUUAAUUUUUUUUUCUUUUCAAAUUAUUACCGGUGUCGCCGUGUCAGUGUCAUAGGUUGGCGUAGGUGGAACGAAAGUUUUUUACAAUAAUAUUUAAACAAUAAGCCGGUUACGGUGCAAGAAGUAAUUUGUUUUCCUCCUGUUUAUCACUUUUACGACUGGCGUGCGAGUUGAAUUUGCUGAUUGAUGGCCUUUCGUUGGGACAAGCAUCUGAAAAUAACAGAUGGUAGAUCCCCAGGCCAGGAAUCAAUCGGGUCUGGGACAAAGAGGUCCAGUGCGUCAUCUGGUGGUAGGUCUAGGAAUCAGAAGGAGUUCUUCUAUAAAUUUGUUGAAAGUGAGAGUCUGAAUGAAAAACUUGUAGAUUGGUUUGAAUCUGUAACAGAAAAAUAUACAUCGAAACAGCAAGCAUUUGAUGUUCCAUUUGAGUUGAUCGAACUUCAAAAGUUUGAUUAUGCAUUAGAGGGGAUUCCAUUUCAGCAGCUAACACGCAUGCCUAAUGCUGUUCAUGCUUCUACAUCUGAAGCUGUAGAAGCAACAUCUUGUCUUGCUAUUGAAGAUUUUCUACAUGCUAGUAUGAAGGGUUUGUGGGAGGCAUUUUGGAGUCAAGAUGAGCCUAUGCCUUUUUCUGCGGCUUGUCUGUAUAAUGCUAACAUGAAAUUUUAUCAGGCGGAAAAUGCUAUUGCUAAUGGAAGGCUUGGAGGACUUUGUGGCACUGGUAUAUUGCUUAAUAAUUCUAGACAUCCUCAUGGGAAAUGGGAUCAUCUCCUUGAAUUAACACUUCUAAGAACCGAUAUCAGAGGUCUAGCCGUUGGCAGUGACCGCCAGCCUUCUUUACCAGUUCUAGGCGAAGCUCUAUUUUAUGCUAUUCGAAUGCUGUUGGCAAGGAGUUUGAGUAGACUGAGUUUCUUUCCGGAUCCAAGCACGGUUUUUGUUCUUUUAGUUGAUUCCCAAUACGGGGGAGUUGUAAAGGUUGAAGGAGAUGUAAGUAAGCUCAAUUUUGAUGUGAAUAAUGUAUAUGAAUGCGCCGCUGAAUGGGUAAAAAAUCAUUCUAGAAUUUCUGUUUCUCCAAUUUAUAGAAUCUGGAACAAGCUAGGAAAUGCAAACUGGGGAGAUAUUGGUGCUCUACAGGUUUUAUUUGCAACCUUUCACUGUAUUACGCAAUAUGCUGGAAUGCCCAAGUACUCUAUUGAGGAUUUAGCUGCCGAUCAUAGUUCACGUCUCCAAACGAGAAGAAUUGAGAGGCAGUUAGGAGAUACCACCAGAGUGAAUGGAAAUGGCCUAUUUCAUUACCAGCAGCGUAGUGUUUCCCCUGAGAUUGUCGAAGUUCAGGAUGAUUAUGUCAAUGUUGAUUCCAAAGAGUCGAUGAAAUUAGAAGAAGGAUCUUUAUUAUGGCUCGAGGAUUCAGAUGGACAAAAGGGUUAUCAGAUACAAGAAGUAAUCAAUACCGGUGAAUUGACAUACUACAUUGCAUCUUAUGUUGAAGACCCGGGAAUAGAUCUGUUUCUGUAUGUAGGCUCUCAUCCCUCCCAGCUGGAACCGGCAUGGGAAGAUAUGAAUUUAUGGUAUCAGGUCCAGAGGCAAACCAAAGUAUUGACAAUAAUGAAGCAGAAAGGUCUCUCAAGCAAAUAUCUUCCUGAAUUAAUUGCCUUUGGAAGGAUCAUACACCCUGGUCAUUGUCGAAGGCCCAGCUCUGGUGGAAACUGUGACCACCCUUGGUGCGGGACCCCUGUUCUUGUGACCAGUCCAAUUGGUGAAACAGUAGCUGAAAUGGUAGAGUCAGGCCGAUUUGGUUCAGACGAGGCUAUCAAAUGUUGCCAUGAUUGCUUAUCAGCACUCUCAACUGCUACCUCGGCAGGACUACGGCAUGGAGACAUCAGGCCAGAGAAUGUGAUCUGUGUUAGGUCUGGCGUGAGGCACCCUUAUUUUGUUCUAAUUGGGUGGGGCCAUGCAAUUCUUGAAGACAGAGACCGCCCUGCCAUGAAUCUUCAUUUCUCAUCUACUUACGCACUUCAGGAAGGAAAGCUAUGCUCCGCCUCCGAUGCAGAAAGCCUAGUUUAUAUGCUUUAUUAUUCAUGUGGCGGUGUAUUCCCUGAUCUUGAUUCAGUAGAGGGAGCGCUACAAUGGAGAGAGACAUCUUGGUCAAGGAGAUCAAUUCAACAGAAGCUCGGUGAUAUUUCCACAGUGCUGAAAGCUUUUGCUGAUUAUGUCGACAGUCUAUGCGGAACACCAUAUCCCAUGAACUAUGACAUAUGGCUGAGAAGGUUGACGCGAAAUAUUCAGGAAGAUGAUCAUGGAAAGGAGAUUGUUAGCGCAUACUAAGAUUUCCAACUGGGUCCAUUUCCUGAAAUGAAAACUCUAUCUAUCCUCUUAACAUCUUUCUCAUAGCAUUGGUUGGACUUUUGGGGCGAGGAUAAAAAAUCGAAGUCAACAGUUUCGUAUCUGAUGCUCAUGCAUUUGUAUUCAUUGAAGGAUUGUUUUGGGGAAUGGCUGGUGUUUCUAAUCAAAGGAGCAUAUCAAAAUAGCCAAUUCCUUCAUUUUGAGGAGCCAAGACAUGAAUUUUAACAGUUUUCUUUUGAUUUCAUUGUUCUUGAUGAGUUCCUAGUCAAAGUAAGUUUUAUUCAUUACAGCAUUUGUUUGUAAAGAUAAUAGGCCUUCUAGAAUACCCUGAGAGUCGUGCAGUUGCAUGCAUGAUUCAAGACCAUAUAAAUGGUAAGCACAUUGCACAGGGUAUAUAAAUCUUAUUCUGUAAAUGCCUUAUUUUUAGUGUGUUCAUUGUUAGUAUCUA